ACGGAAGUCGGGUGCUAAUGAUCGCAACUGAACAUUUAACCGGAAUAUAAAGCACGCCCCCUACCCAUGGAACGCCUUGUCACAUCUCUGCCGGAUUCUCGGAAGAAACGUGAGGCAACAAUGGGACCGCUUCUGCUCCUCGCGUGCGGCGCGGCACUCAUAAGCACCGCCACAGGCUUCGGUCUCAAUCUGGUCGUCAAUCCGCUGAACACCUUAGGGUCAGACGCUGUGAAUUCAUUAAACGCUCUGAGCCCCGUUGCCCUUCCUGAUGAUCUUGCAACAGGCCUCUGGGAUGAAACAUUUGGACAGCUAAGCAACAAAACAUCGUCCCAAAUCGGGCAGAACUUCUUACAACUCGCGACUCCCGGUGUCAGGCACCGCAUCGUGACUGAUGUACAGUUUGGAGGACACAAGUUGGCUGAAUUAUUUCAGGAUCAAGAGGGAAACGUGCUCGAAUGUAAUCUUCUCGGAGACAGGAAUCUAAUUAAUGGCGCCCUAAAGUUUGUGCCUGGUGACCUGAUAACAUCUGUGACAGAAGAGGAGAUGUUCCACUAUGUUGACCUUUGCUACAACCGACCGGAAAAAGCCGGAUUACUUUCAAUCUUCUCGCUCGUGAGCGAUCUGUUCAAGUCACUUUUUAUUUUUCCUGGUACGAAAUGGUGCGGCGCCGGAGAUGUGGCAAGGAACUACGACGACUUGGGGGUAGCGGCAGGAACCGAUAGCUGCUGUCGUGCACAUGACCACGCGCAUGACAACAUUCCUGCUUUCGGAGAGAAACAUGGAUUGCGUAACACAAACUUUUAUACUAUGACUCAUUGCACUGAUGAUAGGCAAUUCCACACGUGUCUCAAAGGCGACAACAGCGCGACAUCUGUUACGGUAGGGACGAUGUACUUCGACAUCCUGCGUACUUGGUGCUUCGACUUCACCUACCCCAAGACAUGCACUGGUGGCACAAGCUUACUCAAUUCUCUAUUGCUGAAAACAUGCACCGACUACCGCCUGGACACUUCGGCACCCAUGGAGUGGGGCAGCUUUCCUCCCUUUCCUUUUACUGCAGGAGGACAAGACGGUGCUACUGGAGGCCUGCUCGGAAACUUGAUGAUCUUGAAAUGAAGUUAAAAAAAUAUUAAGGAGACUUUGGCCCCACAGGUGUGGAGCCGGCUAUUUCAGAUGGCUUGUGCUGCUGUAGAUAUGGUUUGUUAGUAGGGUUUGUUUGUUUGUUUGGGUGAUGAUGUGGUGACAGAAUGUGAAAGAAUGAACUAGCGAAAAAUGAUUAUGAAAUAAUUAAAGUAGUUCAUGG